ACUAAAUUGUGCAACAGCCGCGCUCCGCCGGAGAGUGUUGCUCUGUGUACGUAACCCUCCCCAAUAUGACGUGUGCGACUCAACGUCCCGACGUGGCAUUGUGGUAGUCUGACGCUCGGCGGCGGUGUGCUGGUGAUUUUGGGUGUACGAGACACAGCGGGCUCUGAAUAUGGCGGACGGGGAGGCCGAGCGGGAGAAUGGCCCCCCUGGCCCGGACAUAAACACCGAAAUGCCUCGCUUGGAGGAAAGUUUGCGGGAGCUGGAGCGGCUGCUGCAGGAGGAGAGCGCCAAAGGGGAGGCCGCGCAGGCUUCGAGCGAAUUCUGCCAACGAUUCUGUCAGACCCUCUUUGAGUAUGCAGAAAAAUGGAAGGCACCUGAAGACUCGCUUUCUCUUUUGGAAGUCUAUACUGUUGCAAUCCAAAGCUAUGCUAAAGCACGAUCAUAUCUUUCCUCAGACUGUGAGAACGUCGCUUUGGUUGUGGAGAGACUAGCUUUGAGCUGUGUUCAACUUUUGUUGUGCUUGCCACAUGAAUUACCUGAUGACCAUUGGGAGAAAUUUCAGUACUCCAUAAAGGCUGCUCAUAUGCUGUUGACUGAAAAUGGUAGCCACGAGCUCUCCAUUCUCUACAAUCUUUCUCAAGAAACUGGAGUGUGGAAGAAUCCAGUACUUGAAAGGCUAAUUAACCUGGAGCCACUGGAUCAAGCUCAAGUAAUUGACCAGUUCCUGGUAUCAGAAGCUCCAAUCCUGUUGGAAAUGCGAAUUAAGCAACUCCUUAAACUCACUAAAGUGGCAUCAGCAACUACUUUGGCAAAACUGUGUUCAGACCACCUUGAAAUGAGUAAAAAAGGCAACUUUACACAACUCUACCUGACUUGCCUUUGUGCGGCUUCACCAAAUAUUAAGCUUAUAGAGGAAAUUGCUAAAGUAGAUUGCAAGGAUGCACUUGACAUGAUUUGCAAUCUAGAGUCUGAAGGUGAUGAGAAAACCUCACUGAUUCUAUGUGCAGCUUUUCUCUCUCGACAGCUGCAGUUUGGGGAAAUGUACUGUGCAUGGGAACUAACCCUUUUUUGGAGCAAGUUACAAAGAAGAGUGGAUCCAUCAAUACAGAUAUAUCUUGAGAGAUGUCGCCAGCUAUCUUUGUUGACGAAAACUGUAUAUCACAUUUUCUUUCUGAUCAAAGUUAUUCAGUCAGAGACUGAAGGUGCAGGACUUCCAACUUGUAUUGAGCUGUGUGUUCGAGCUCUGCGUUUGGAGUCAAGUGAAAACUCAAAAGUAAAAAUCUCUAUCUGCAAGACUAUCUCCUGUUUAUUGCCUGAUGACUUGGAAGUUAAGAGAGCUUGUCAGCUCACUGAAUUUCUCCUUGAGCCUACUGUUGAUGCAUAUUAUGCUGUUGAAAUGCUUUACAAUCAGCCUGACCAAAAGUAUGAUGAGGAGUCUCUUCCAGUACCAAAUUCACUACGCUGUGAGCUGUUGCUUGUAUUAAAAACUCGAUGGCCAUUUGAUCCAGAGUUCUGGGACUGGAAAACACUAAAGCGCCAGUGUCUUGCAUUAAUGGGAGCAGAGGCAUCUAUUGUGUCUUCAAUUGAUGAGCUUAAUGACAAUGAAGCAUACGAUCAGACAGAUGACUACCAAGAAGUUACCCAAAUCUCCUGUCUAAAUGGGCUUGAUUGCUUUGAUAAUGUUAAUGCUAACAAUGUGAAAGAAGAAGAAAAGCAGAAAAAGAAAAACAUUAAGAAAAUGAGAGAACGUGGAUACAUAUCUGAAAGAUUUAGGAACUGGCAAGCAUAUAUGCAGUACUGUGUACUAUGUGACAAAGAGUUCCUUGGCCACAGAAUAGUCCGUCAUGCACAAAAACAUUUCAAAGAUGGCAUUUACAGCUGUCCAAUAUGUGCACAACAGUACAGCAGUAAAGAGUACUUUGUUCCACAUGUCACCUUCCAUGUCAAACAAUCUUGCAAAGAAAGGCUGGAAACAAUGAAACCCUUGAGAAGAAUUGGAAAACUGCCUAAAAAAGCACCAGCUAGUAAGAGUAAAAAACCUGUAACAGUUUCUAAACAGGAGCGGCCAAUUAAGAAGAACAGUCUCUAUUUAGAUGAUUUUAUUGUAUUCAAUGAUAAUGACAAAUCAGAUGAUGAUGAGAAAAACAACCAAUCUGAUAUUGCCCCAAAGGAAGAGCCGACACUGAUUAAUGAAUUUGCCUGCCCUGUGCAGUUAUGUAAAAAAGGAUUCAAGUACUUUAAAAACUUAAUUGCACAUGUAAGGGGACACAAAGGUGAUGAGGAAGCAACACGUUUUCUUGAGAUUCAGAGCAAAAAAGUUGUUUGCCAGUAUUGCCGACGCCAGUUUGUAAGUCUCGCUCACUUAAAUGAUCAUUUACAAAUGCACUGUGGAGACCAACCAUAUAUAUGCAUACAAAUGAAGUGCAAAGCAAGUUUUGAAACCUAUGCUGAUCUGUUAUCUCACAGGAAGGAACACAGAGUUUUCAGAGCAAGGUGCAUGUUUCCGAAGUGUGGGAGAAUUUUCUCUGCUGCUUACAUGCUCUUCGAUCAUGAAGCACAACACUAUAACACAUUUACUUGCAAAUAUGUUGGCUGUGGAAAAAUCUAUCAUUCUCAGCUUCAGUUAGAAAAGCACUUAAGUGAGCAUGUACCAGAAGAGAGACUACUAGAGAGCAAAUCUAACAUGGCUCCUCAACAAAUUGAAAUGCCAGGAACAGUUGUUAUGGCUAACAAGCAACCAACACAAGACUGUCCUGUUGAAACUAAUUUUGAACCUGGACAUGAAAAUCAUUCCAAUCAUUCUUCAGCAGUCCUCCCCCAAAAAGAAGAAUCGAUUGUUUCAAACGGAAUACAGCAGACACCACAUUUGCUUGACCAUCAUCUUCCUCCUAUCACUGAAGUUCUUCCUUUUGCAUCUUUGCUAAACCAGAUGUUGCCAUCAUCUUCAGCUAUACUACACCAGACCCUUCCACCAGAGGCUGAUAUGUUAAAUCCUUCUGAUUUGCCUGUACACCCAAGUAGCAAUGUCAAAUUGCAAUCAGCUCCUGAUGGGUGCCCUGAAAUUGUACUCAAUCAGAGUAAAUUGGUAGCAAAUAAUUUAAAUGAAAAUAAACAAUUAACACGUUUGCAUUUUGAGGAGCCAUGUCUUCCAGUUUUUGAAGGUUGCAAAACAUCCUGCCCUGUUAAAUUAAACAAAGAGAAUGUCAACUCUUCUGAUGCUGUUGAAAAUAAAAUGGAAGUAUUAUCUGCAAAUUCUGUUGAAAGUCAGGUUAGUAGUUUAAUGCCUUUUGAAGCAAACAACCAAGCCUCUCAGUUGUGUGAAAAUAAUUUAGAUAUGUCUGGAUUUAAUGACAAUUCUAAACCAGAAAAUGCUUUAUCAUUGUCACUUGAAACCAGCAGUAUGCUUACAAAUGUUUUGCCUUCUGUUGGUAAAACAGUUCCUGUGCAAACAUCACCACCACAGAAAUUUAAAUGCAGUGUGGAGGCAUGUACAAGGAUUUACAACUCGGUCCAAAGUAUGGGCAAACACAUGAAGACAGCCCACCCUGAUCACUACGAUGACUUUAAAAUGGAACGCAAGAACAGAAAAAAAUUGAAACGUGCAAAUUCAGGAAUACCUUCUGUAGAAGACAAACCUACAUAUUGUAUAUUACCAGAAGAAGGUUGCAGUAAUCCAGUUUUUCAGCCACAGGUACAGAGUGGGUCAAAUCCUAAUUUUUGCAGUCAAUUACAACACAUUCCAAACCCCAUUAUUCCAUCACAUCUUGAGAAUCUGAACCCAAUUCUUAGUUCUGUUGAAAGUAUUAUUUCUCAAAGUUUGUCAAAAAAUGUGGCAGAUUCUCUUCUGGGAACUGAUGUAGGAAAUUUAACUAGUACAACCUUGACAUCACAACUUGAGGAUCUGGCAAAAGUUGUUUUACCUUUAAAAUUUGAAAAUGGUUCUGACCCAUUUCUUCCGAUGCCAACUGAAAAUGAUCCUUUACCAGUCAUGUCUUCUCUCAGUGGGGUUACAGUCUUUACACAGCUAGGUAGCAACACAAAUCAUGAUCAUGUAUUAUCUGGUGGAGAAGCUGCCAAUUCCUUAUUUCUCAAAGAGGAAAGAGAUGCAGAAUCAUCAUUUUCCAAGCAGGCUGACAAUGCAGAUAUUGAUGCAAGCUUUAACUUGGAUAAAUCAUCCACAAUGCUUACUAAUACUAUUGAAACUAAAAACGGUAAUGAACGAACAUCAAGAAACAGAGAAAGAAAACCAAGGCACAGUUCUCGACCAAAAUGCCCUGCAAUAAUCAGAGAUGGGAAAUUUAUAUGCAGCAGGUGUUUUAGAGCCUUUACUAACCCAAGGUCACUUGGUGGCCAUUUGUCUAAACGAGCUGUGUGCAAACCUCAUAAUGAGUAUGACGGUUCCCAAGUGGUCCCACAGGUCGAUGGCCAAGCCAGUGUGUUGGCCAGUAUGAUACUUUCCUCCAGUCCAAAACACACAUUACAAUCACCUACUCAGACAUAUAGCCCGGAGGUUUCCAUCAAAGAAGAGCCAUUUCUUCCAACAAUUUCUUCUAACAACCAAACUACUCAGUUUUUCUCCUCCUGUGUAACCCGUGAUUUAGAUGAAACCAAGAAGGUAAUGCAAACUCCAGAAAUUGUAAAGAACAGACUAUUGAAUGUGACUUCAGGUGGAUCUCUAAAUAUGAGUAGUGAUACAACCCCAUUGACUGCAUUUAUGUCACCAACUAGUAUCAAAAUGGAAGAAAGCCACAGGAUUCUACAUUCUGAUUUAAAUAACUUUAAUAAAGUAGCUACAGUGGCUGAAGGGAGUAUGUUCAAUAAUGUUGAAAAUGGGUUGUGCUCAAAUGCCUCUUUGAAUGCGGGUAAUGAAAACAAUUGUUUGUCAACCCCUGUAAGCAGCACUAGAGUAUCUGUUAUCAGUGGCCCACAAAAUUCUUCCUCAACAGCAAAAAAGAAAAAGUGUGGGGGUACUAAGAAGAAGAAGAAAAAUCCAGAUGUUACACCAGAAUUCAAUGCUUCAAAUGAACUAGCAAAAAAUCUUUUAGCAGCAGUAGGAGGCCUUCCACAAAAUGUCGGGGGGAGUCUGCAGAUGCCAAAUGAAAUGCAACCAAAUUUCUUGUCUUAUAGCUCAGAACUGAUUGAAAAUAUUGCAAAGCAUUUAAACAACACAGACAAACAGUUGUUCUUAUCCUGUAUAAAUGAUAGCAUUAAAGCACACGCUGAUGCUAAUACAAUUUGUCAAACACCCGAUAAGCCAGAAAAAUGUGAUUCUUUGGACAUGCCUACCUUUGCCUCUAACAGCAAAGAUCAUUCUGAAGUACAACUACAGACUGAAGGACUGAAUUGUCAAGCAGCUGAAGUAUUUUCAGUUAAUGGUAAUGCAGAAAACGCUUGCUUUUCGUUACGACAAAGUCAAAAUACUAUAAACCAAGACAUAGACACCAUAUCAAGAGAUAUGCAAAAUAUUAUUUCUGCCACAGUUAAUGAUAGUCCAAAUGGCACACUCAACAUCCCCAUAUGUUCUGCUUCCCCAACACAAGAAGCUGAUCCUUCACCUGAUGCACACAUAUUAGAAAUCAUGGAUUUGGUACAAAAGCUUCAGUUAGUGGAUAAUGUAAGGUUUGAGAACAUAGGAAUUGAUUCAGUCCCUGCAUGUCCUGACUAUUUGCCUAUGACUUCUAGCGUCAUUGUCCCUAAUCCAAGAUUAAAUGUUGUAGAAGAGCCGGAUGUUUCUAAAUCUUUACCUGACAAAGGUAAUGCAAAACCUUUUAUUUGCCAGGAGGUAGACUGUACAUAUUGUGCAAUGACGAAGGACGCUUUGUUUAAGCACUACGCAAAAGUACAUUACUAUACACAAGAAAAGAUUAUGGAAAUAAAGAAACACCAGCUAAAAUUUGCUCCUUUCAAAUGUGUUGUACCCUCAUGUACAAAAACGUUUACCAGAAAUUCAAAUCUUCGAGCACAUUGCCAGUCAAUGCAUAAUUUUACACCUGAACAAAUGGUAAAAUUGAAAAUCAAGAGAGCAUAUGGAAGAAAAUCUGGUGAGAUUGCAUGUGCCAAUAUCCAGGAAUUGCCUCACACAAUUCCAGAAAUGGAACAGAGUGUAGACGAACCACAAGAGCUUACGGGACAGCAUCAAGAGACCCCGACAGUUGAGCGAGUAGAAGCUCCUAAAGAGCAGGAACCCAUAUCGCCUCAAAUUCCCAGUAAACCAGCUUCUCACAUCCUUCAAGCUUUAAGCCAGAAAUGUAAAAGAGGCUCCAAAGUACGAAGAAAAACAAAAGAAUUAAUAGACAAAGUAGAUGUCCAAAAAGAUAUCAAACCUGCUGACCAGGGAUUUAGUACAUAUAAACCGUACCAAUGUGUUCAUCAAGGCUGCACAGCAGCUUUUACUAUACAACAAAACUUAAUGCUUCAUUAUCAAGCAGUUCACAAGUCUGUUUCAAAGUUCUCACUAGAAGAAGGUGAAGAAUCUGAAAAUGGCUUUUCUCGGAAGGAGUUCAGGUGUAUGGAAACAGACUGCUCCAGAAUAUUUCAAGAAGUUGGCAGUCUUAUACAGCACUACAUGAAACUUCAUGAGAUGAUAGCAGAAGAAAUUGAAAAUGUACUUUCUGUAAUAAAUAUUGGAGAAUUUAAAUGUGAUCAGCUUAACUGUGCUUCAUUGUUUUCUAGUUGUACCAGUUACAUUGAGCAUCUUGAAGAAGUCCAUGAAAUAAAAAGGCAUAUUAAAAUGGAUGGAGAGGAAAUGUACAAAUGUGAUUGUGAAGGUUGUGAUCGUGUUUAUGCUACAAGAUCCAAUUUGUUAAGGCAUAUUUUUAACAAGCACAAUGACAAACAUAAGGAGCAUCUAAUUAGGCCAAGAAAAUUUAGUCUCAGUGAUCAAGACACUACCGAUGAAAAACCCAUGAAAGAAAAACCUAGAGUGCCUAAGCAGAAAUGUGAAACGGAAGGUAAUAAUGACCUCAAAGUGAAAGGCUCCAAAGGAUGUUUGGUUGACAGAGAUCUAAAAAUUGAACAAGGACAGACAAAACAAGAAACAUUACCUUUAAAAUAUGGCAGACAUACAUAUUCUUUGAAACCGAAAGAUGCUGCAUUUGUAGAAUGUUCCGAUAAUCUUGCAAAGCAAUAUCCUUGCAUGAUACGUGGAUGUACAUCUGUGGUUACUAGUGAACGCAGUAUCAUCAGGCAUUAUAAAUGUCAUAAACUAUCAAGGGCUUUUAUUUUAAAACACAGAAAUUCUCUAAUAGUAUGCAAAAGACGUGCACGCCCUAAAAGCAAAACGGAGUCUACAAUUCUUAAGGAUGGAGAAGAUCCUAACAACGAGAUCUCCUCAAAGAAAGAAUCUGUACCUAGCCUGCUUGAGUUUGACGAAUCUAGCUUAUCUACAUCUCAGCCAAGUGAAAAUGAAAAAGAUGAGAUGGAUGAACUUGCAGAACUUUUCAUCUCAAAGCUGAGCAAUGAAGAUAGCACAGGUUCUGACAGCCAAGCAAUGACUUCAUCCUUUGUAAGCAGUGAUUUUCAGGAGACAAGCUCCUGCCAGUCUGAACCACAGAAGGAAACAAGUAACCUAAAAAGAACCAAUAAGCAAAAGCAUGUCCUAAAUCGAAAAAGAAAAGUUGUUGAGUCUGAUAUACAAUCAACUGAAACAAGUAGCACAGUCAGUGGUGAGGAGGUUGUUGCUACCUUGCCUACUGCAGAGGAGCCACCUGCAUUUGAUUUAAGCUCAUUUAAACCUUUGGGAUUUGAAGUAUCAUUCCUUAAAUUCCUGGAGGCAUCUGCUACCCAGGAAGAGGAAAGUGUGGACUUAGAUGAUUUUAAAGCAGAAAGCAAUGCUGAAUUGCACCUAAUCAAGAAAAAAAUUCGGUUAUCAGUAGAAGUGGACGAGUUUUCUUUGGAGAGUUCAGAGAGUGACCCUUACUUAUUAUUUGCUAAUCCUUUACACCUUUCAGACAUGGACAAUAUAAAAAUAGUUUUAGAUCAGAAAUUCAAUGACUAUAUUGACCUUGUUGUAAAGCAGCUUAAUGAACUGAAACCUGUUGUUGUUCUUAGAAGAUGUGAAAUGUUGAGGAAUGAACCGACUAGCACAUCCAAGGAAAACAUUUUAGCAGUAGCUGAGGAAGCUACAGCAUAAAAAGUUUCAGAAAAGCAUGCAAUUUAAAGUAUUUUUUUAUUUUUAAUUAAACUUUUUUUUUAUUUUCUAGGGGUUAUCUUGGCCAAAAAAAUCAUGGCACAAGUCAUGCAAUGUUUUUACUCCAUUUUAUCCCUAUGGGACUUAAGUAAUGGGAUUGUUUUAAGUUGUGUAAAUAUUGUUUUAAAACCUCAAUAUUUCUAUUGAUAAAUUGUCCUUUCACAAAUCUAACAAUUUGUGUAUUGUCUAUGAUUUGUUAGGAUCACAGGUUCACUGCUUUUGUGCAAGUGAUACUUGUGUAUGGCAUUUUUUAUGUAAAUAUCACUGUAACACAUUUGCUGCCUAAGUAUAAACUAUUAAAUGACACAUUUAUAUACUGUUUUUUUCCAUUUAAAAUGAUCAUAUUUGACAUUAAUCUAGUUCUGAUCUGCAAGUUUUGACAGGCUAACUUAAUCGCCCAUUAUGACAGAAUUUGGUAAAAAAUAUAUUUUUCAUCAAGUAUUUGUAAUGGUUUUCAUUGCCAUGUAUUUUUACUACUGUUGGCCCCUAAUUUAUACAAAAGGCCUGCUCCAAUAAAUGAAAAAUGAUCAUGUUAAUUAUGAUUAUCUUUGGGGGGCGAAGACAGUUGGUCUCACACAGAAAGAUGAGGUCCCCAUACAAGCUAAUCUUUAUCUGAUUUGGUUACUCAUAUGGAAGGCGACUGACUGGCUCAAAUCACAUGAAUUUCCUAUGCAGCCUCAUCAGGAGAAGAUCAUCAUCAUGGUACAAACCUUUCCUAUUGGCAUUUUUUGACCUAACUGCCAAUGUUGGUUGAGCAGACAGGAAUUUGGCUCAUACACUAGCCAAUACAUGUCCAACUCUCCAACCAUUGCUAAUCCUAAAAUUGCAAAAGCCAAAAUGGAACAUUCAUGAUAACCUUCCUCAAAAAGAAAAUAUACAAAAAAAAACACACUUUAGAUAUAGAUAUAUUGUUAGGUACAAUAAUGUUGCUCUUUUGCAGAUAAUUCCUAAACUAUCCUAUGAAAAACUGGUCAUGGGGAAUGUCACAGCUUCUGAAAAAUAUAUUCUAAAAAUGUAUUCUUUUUCAAGUGGCUCCCAAGGCCUCUUGCUAAUUUACAUGGUUUCAAGGUGUUUAAACUAGCAUUUAAGAAAUCAGAAAUACUAGUAAUGUAUAUGUUAAGUGUGUUACAAAAAUAGUCUUUGUAUAUAGGUUUAUUGGGUACUAACCUUACCAGACUUGUAGUAUAUUUAUACUUUUGUCCUGUUGCUCUGUCCUACCCUAUGAAGGUGUUGCUGACUCAUAAAGAUUUCACAAAAAUACAACUGUUCUACAUGAUCAGAACAAGUUUUCUUCCGUUUCUGUGAGAUGCAUCAAUUUGUUAUUGAGGUGAAAAAACUGUUUGGUCACUUUCGGUACUGCCACUGUUAUGCUACGUGCCGUAUUUUGUGUUAACCGGAGACAAUAGUAGAUGAGUAGUACCAGUUACCUGGGCUGCAGAUUACAUGUGGUUGCUUAACUAUUUAGUGAACUAUCCUAGUAGAAUAGCUGUACCUUACCAGGUUUUGAGCUUUUUGCACCAUAUUUGAGAUUUUUUUUUUUACAUCGUAUUUUGUAGUAUUUAUCCUUAUAAACCUUUUGUAUAAAUUAGGACCUUUAAGGACACAUCACAGAAUCUUUUACAGCAGAUUCAAUAACUAAGUAUAUUUGGUGGUAUAGAGAUGCCUGUCACUCCCUGUGGGCCAUAUUCUGCAGUCCACAAUAUAAGCCUGUCUACAUGACUGCCGACACCUGUAAAAAAAUGUUAAUGAAUUUAGCAAUCCUUUUCUGCCAAGCAUCUGUUCAAAUCUGUACUGUUAGUAUACAAUCAGUAACCCAUUUUGACAUGUGCCUGCACUGACCCUAAACCUGCAACUAGCAUUUAGCACUGCACUAUAUUCUGACAAAGAGCGUAACUGCCAAGGUGCUUGUCAGAGCGGGGGUUGGUGAGUUCAGAUUAGAAGAAACAUGGUGAUAGUUUUGGCCAUAGUGUAAAAGCAAGAUUGCUAAACGCAUAUUACAAACUCAAGUGACUGGUUUGGGCUGGUUAAUAGAGUGCAGGUCUCAGAAACAGUACAAAUCAUGACAUCCUUUUUAACAGUUCAGUAUUCCAUGCUGUCUCACAAAGGGGAAAAUGCUUCUGAAGGAUACAGAGUAAAUGGUUUAUUGGCUUAAAGACAUCUCAAUGGCAAUGUUUUGGCCCUUUAGGGAGCCUAGUCUAAAGCUGAAUUGCAUCAUACUGGGAAAUGCUCAUGUAAAAUACUAUAUACUAGUAAUAUAAAGAUUUUCACACUGCACUCAGGAGACCCAUCAUCAGUAAAUCUAACUUUAGCCGUUCUGUUAGAGCAACCGGGUGAUUAUUAGCACUGUAAUCUAUUUUAAAGGAGAACUAAAGCUUAACUAAAGAGCUAGAAAAGUUGUACAUUAUGCUUGGGGCUUCUGUACCAGCCUGAGGCAACCACAGCCCAUUAGCAGGAAAGAUAUGUGCCUCCAAAGAUGCCCCAGUAGCUCACCGUCUUCUUUUCUGCUGAUUCACUGCAUAUGAUUUGUGCUGCUGUCACUUACUGAGCUUAGGGACCGACUCACAAUAUACAGUACACAUAGAAUAUAAAUGUCCAAAGAUAUAUUCUUAUGGAUGAUGAGAUCCUUUUCGUUAUUGUGUAGGGUUCAACUUCAGUGUUUAGGCACCGCAAGACCUGCAGACUUUCACAAUUCAGAAAUAGGACUCUGGAGAAGCGAACUUGCUGAUUCAGUGAUUCAUUUAUUCAAAAAGUGCACUUUUUGAAUAAAUGAAUCGCUGAAUCAGCAAGUUCGCUUCUCCAGAGUCCUAUUUCUGAAUUGGAAUAUAAAUGUCCCACUAUAAGGCUGAUUUGUAAUUAGUACAGAUAAUUACUACAUGGUAGUACAGAAACCAGUGCAACUAGCAUCAGAAUUUAAUCAGCCCUGUAGCAUCAGCUUAUAUUACAGGCCAACCUUAUUUUCUGCUUGAUAAUUUGCGAUGACUCCUAAGCGUAGCUUCUAAUCAGCUGCUCAGAGCCCACUGAGCAUGUGAGUGUUUCCAAGAUGGUGGCCCCCUGUGACACGUUUGAAGUCAUUGAGAAGCUGAACCUUUAGGCAUGUGCAGGGUUGGACUGGGGGGCCCAUGACCCCCUGGGGCUGCUGUUGCAGGGCACCAAUCUAGGUCUCCUUCUGGGUUCUGCACCUAGCCGUGUCCCCCAGCUAGACGCUCAUUUUUAGCCAUAUUAAUUUUUAGAGAUUACGUCUGAUUUAAUUCGUUAUACUUUUGUGUGCUAAAAACAGGAGUAAAACUUGAAUGUACUAUUCCUAAAUGCACUUUUGUUUACAUUAUCUUUGUUCCCACUCAGUUUGUCAGUAAAGUUCUAAAUUGCCUGCUUAUGGUCAAAAAGACAGUAGGAAAUUGAGAUUAAUUAGUCCACAAUAAAGCAUAAAAUUAAAAUGUUCUACUGAAGAAGAAAAUAGCUCUGGGACACCAUUUGGAAGAGCCAGCACUGUCUCCAAAUGAAAUUUAGAUGUAGUGAAGGAGAGCUACUGCAACUGCAGUUUGCAUGAUUUUGCAGUCUUGGGGGCUUUUACAUUUUCAAUGCAACACAUUGGAGGUAUCUAGGAAAUACUGGAUUUGCAAACAGCAAAGAUUGUGCCUUAAAUUUCUUUAGCAAGUUAUUAUUGGGCAUUUCGAGAACAAUGCUUUAUUUUUCUAAAAGGACCACUUAUUUUCUAAAAAUAUGUUGGCCCUUUUCUAUGCACAAUUCAGUAAGAACAUUUAAUCAUGGAAACAACCGUACCGAUAUAAAAUGUCUCGUUACCUUUUUGCGUUCAUCUUUAGUUUCUAUCCUUCUUAUAUUGCACACAGCCAUUCAGUGUUAUAGCACAUAAAAGUCAGCAAUAAAAGUGUAAAGCAGAAUUGCUCUAUUUCAGUUUAUACAUGUACAAUCUUUGUGAUAGACUAAUAAAAUCAUAAGUGACAGUG